UUUUUUCCGUCCGCCAGCCGGUGAAAUCGAGCAAUUGGAUCGAAAGUGUUUGAACGCAGUGGACAGACGUGAGCCGGUACGCUGCUAAGUGAGUUUUGUUGCAGAUGUGACGCGGUGUAUCUCGAAAAAAGUCGGCGUCGAGGUCGGGAUGAAGAUCGCAUUUCUGAAGGCCGCUGUUCCACUACUAGCGGCAAUCCUCGGAUUCUCAGCCGCUCAGCAUGAUGAGCCAGCGUUCCUGAUCGCUGGUGUCUCGUCGGGCCUCGUCCGACUUCCUACCGAUGGAGAUCCGGUCCGCUAUCCCGGAAAGCACAACGAAGAGGUGGUCAAGAUAUUUAAUUCGACAACGGGCGCGGUCAUCACUGUCGAUACGGUGUAUAAAGAUGACGGUCUCUGGGUAUAUUGGAGCUCGUUACGAAGCAUUCAGAGAGGAAAACUAGUCGAAGAAGGUGGCCAAUCGGUGAUAGUCGACGCCACAGUUCUUGUACAUAGCUAUCUCGAGUCGGUGGAGGGCUUGCGCAUCGACUGGAUCAACGACAACCUCUAUUGGGUUGAAUCAAAGAAGCGACAUAUUGAAGUUGCGCGACUCGAUGGCUCCAUGAGGAGCUCACUUCUGGGACCGCUCGGCAAACCUCGCGGUCUCGCGCUCGAUCCCCGAUCCGAUGUGCUGUUCUGGUCCGACUGGAACGACCGUCAGCCUUGCAUCGAGCGGAGUUCACUCGCUGGGAAGAAGCGGAAGAUCAUCGUCAACGUUACCGAUUACAACGGUGGCCUUCCCAACGGUCUGACGCUAGACCUCGCCACCAAACGCGUCUUCUGGAUCGAUGCGUUGUCUAAAGCCAUCCAUUCCGCGUCGUACGAAGGUACGGAUCAUUCGAUGGUCCUUUCCAUAAGGGAAAACGCGGUGCGGCCGUUUUCCAUAGACAUUCUGCACAAACCCCCGGACGAACAGGUCAUCAUCUGGACCGACUUCAGCACCCACAAAGCGUUCCGCGGAUCGAAGGAAAUUUUCUCGUCGAGGACGGAUCGCAUUUUCCACGCUACGGUCGUGCAUCGGAGUAAGAAACCCAACGAUGUGGUAAAGGGUCCGUGUCGUAAGAACAACGGCGAUUGCAGUCAUCUUUGCUCGACGUCGUGCCUUUGUCCAUAUGGCACGAUCCACGAUCCUUCCAAUGCACGCUCGUGCAUUCCACACAAAGACACGUUCCUUUACGCCACCGAAGUCAAGUCACAGGCUCUGCGCGUUUAUAUCAGCGACAAUAAAAUGCAGAAAUUCGUUUUUCCGCCGCUGCGUCUCAACGUUUCCUCUACCCAAGUGGUUUUCGACGCCACCCACGAUCGCCUCUAUUGGUUCGAGACGCACCUCGUCAUGGUUCACUACUACAAAAACCAAUCGACGGAGAAGUUCCUGAAUUUCGGUACCAGAUACCGAAUAAAAGCUCUGACCAUAGAUCGUCAUACUAUCUACAUCGCUUUCCAAGUGCUGGUCAACGGUCAGCACCGACAGGAAGUGGUCGCCUGUAACAUUCUGAAUAAAAUGUGUGCAUGCGUCGUCGGCAAUCGGAACGGUGAAGUCGUUGCCCUGGCCGUCGACCGUGACAAACUAUUCUGGGUGGAACGCGAUCGAUACGCAUAUGAGUACGACCGGAUCUCGGUGAAACAGUCCGUGCUCAACGGUUCCAAUGAGAUAACAUUGCACGCAGGCAACAUCAUCAGGAACAACCAGCCUGUCCGUAUGAAAGUCAUGGAGAACGAAGUGUGCUUCACGGAAGCGGUGAACUCAACGAUUUUCUGUGUGACGCAAAACGUUCCGUACGUGACAAACGACACCUCUCAUCUCAAGGAACGCUCGACAGUCGGCGAUCCCAAGGACAGUAUCGAAUUCGCGGUCACCAGCGAUCGCAAAUCAAUUUCUUACGCGCGCAAAUUCCUCAUCCAUCUCGCUGGCGAGUCCGAGCCACGUAACGUGACCGACCAGGUCGUCGCGAUGGACUAUUUCUCCAAAGAAGCCCACGGAUCCCACCGGUCCCGCCCGGACGAUUGUGCGUGCCCACGAGGGGUCUGCCUCGGAGGACGCUGUGCUCCGUCCGGGGGCUCGGAUACUCUCUUAUACUUUUUACUGUCGCACAAGGUAGCUGGAUUCCCGCUGACGCAGAACCUAUCUCUGGCUCCGAUGGUGAUUCACUCAGAACUGAGCGACCGAAAUGUCGACGCCCUCCACGUGACCAACAACGGUCACGUGUUCGUGACGAUCGGUCCCGAUCUCUUCGAGUCCCGGCUUGACGGCUUGAGCUUGAAACACAUCCUACGACUUCAGCCACCCGUCGUCGGAAAAGUGAGCGCCAUAGCCUCGGACCUUCUCGCUGGUCGUUUGUACUUCUCCACUUGCUGCGCGGUGUUCUCGACGAAGCUCGACGGCACCGAUUUGCAAGUAGUCGUCAACGGGACCUACCGCGUGAUGGGACUCGCGGUCCACCCGGUCAAGAAGCUGCUGUUCUGGAGCGACGCCGGUGGAUAUUCUCCGAAGAUCGAGAGGGUCAGCCUCAAAGAUCCAAAAAACACACGCCGAACCAUCGUCACUGAGGAUCUCAUCAGACUGAACGGCAUAACGAUCGAAGGCGAUCAUCUCUAUUGGUGUGACAGCGGGACCGGAAUGAUCGGACGCUCGGAUCUCGAAGGCCGACGUCGCGCGAUCAUCGUGCAGAGGUCGGCGCUCUGGCAUCUCUCGCCCAUGGCCGUCGCUGUUUAUCAUUCCGUAGUGUUUUGGAUAGACAGCACGUACUCUGGAGGAGCUCUCAUGUUCCUCCAGAGGGGUGGGGGGCCAGCACCCUCGACCUGGAGUCGAUAUCUCGGUCCCAAUGUUUCACACCUCCAACUCUAUGAUAAAAGCGUUCUGCAAGGUUACAAUAACAGUGCGGCUCUAGAGGGCAACAAGGAACGCUUGAGCGUGUUCGAUCUUGUUGUUUCGUGUCAGAACUUCUGUCUGAACGGUGGCACCUGCGAGCUGCCGCCGAGCGACGCUCCGUUCAUCGUGGGCGCAGGACCGCAGUGCAAAUGUCCUGCAAACUACACCGGCCUGCGAUGCCAAUAUCUCGCAUCGUAUCACUACGAUGGGCCCGAUCUACCUGAACUACGGCGAGACGAAGGAAUUGACCUCAAAGUAAUCCUUCUCCCGAUAUCAGUGGGUGUCGUCCUUAUUCCGUUCUUGUGUCUGUUGUCUUGGUGGCGGACACGAAGAGUGUGGCGGGACGCUAUGCAAUCUCGGUGUUCCCUGUCAUCGAAUAGAGACCACAACCUCGAGGCUCUUCCAAUCGACACGCAAUACGAAACAUCCUUUGCCCAAGACGCGGAUAACAUCUUGUUGAUGCCGACUAGCUGUCGUUACAAGGCAAAAUGUAUUUAUCCUCACUGCCUUACGCGAUGUUCGCUCAAGCAAGGAGCGCGCUGUGUUAUGGAUAGUCUUCGAGGAGAUGGAGGAGACGAAAUAUUCUGA